AUGCUAGAUGUUAUCAUCAGAAAUGGACUAAUCGCUACAGAAAGCGGGGUGCUACCAGCAGGGCAAAGCAUUGGAAUUUCCAAUGGGAAGAUAUCCGUUAUUGGAUCUGAUCUUCCCGAAGGACCCGAGACCAAAAUAAUUGAUGCCCAGGGAGCAUACAUCACCCCCGGAGGCGUGGAUUCCCAUGUCCAUCUUGCGCAAAGGAACGCGCCAACUGGAGAUAAUUGGGAGACAGGGACACGCAGCGCUGUUGCUGGAGGCACCACAACUGUCCUUGCAUUUGCAUCGCAGACAAAAGAGAUGGAAUCUCUAUUCCCUGUUCUUGAGGACUACCACAACAAAUCCCGAGAGCAGUGCUAUUGCGAUUAUGGAUUCCAUUUCGUUCUUACGAACCCGACUGCGAAAAUCCUCAAUGAGGAACUUCCGGUCAUUGCAAAGCAGGAAGGGAUUACAAGUGUGAAAUUGUACAUGACAUACGAAUUGUACAAGCUGUCUGACCGCCAACUCCUUGAAACAAUGUUAGCUUGUCAAUCGCUUGGGUUGACCACAAUGAUCCAUGCUGAGAAUAGUGACAUCAUAGAGUUCUUGAUUCAGGGUCUCGAAAGAAACGGACACACAGAUCCAUUCUUCCAUGCCAUCGCAGGCCCGAAGAUUGCAGAGGAUGAGGCCUCGUAUCGCGCGAUUAGGCUUGCGGAGCUGGUCGGCGCCCCUGUCUUACUCGUCCAUGUCUCUUCCGAUGGGGCAAUGAAACAUAUCAGAGAUGCGCAGACGAAGCUGCUACCUAUUCAUGCGGAAACGUGCCCUCAUUACCUCUUCCUCUUGUCUGACAAGCUAGCAGCAAAAGAACAUGACGCUUUCCACGGUGCCAAAGGUGUAUGCUCCCCUCCUCUUCGUCACCAUGUAGAGGAUCUUGAGGCACUUUGGAGUGGUAUCGCAAAUGAUACAUUUACGGUUUUCUCCUCAGAUCAUGCUCCAACCAAGUAUGAUCACCCCCAAGGAAAAAAGGCUGGUAUCAUAAAUGGAAUUCCAAAGUUCAGCAAAAUUCCCAAGGGGAUUCCUGGAAUUGAAACCCGAUUGUCUCUUCUAUUUAGCGAGUCAGAAGGCUGCUUGCCGAGAGGUCAAGCAAGAUUAAGUGUUGAGCGAUUUGUGCAACUCACAUCCGGCAAUCCCGCAAGGUUGUAUGGGUUGAAGUCAAAGGGCGCAAUUAUGCCUGGCUUAGAUGCAGAUCUGGUGAUUUGGCAUCCAGAGAACCAGGGAGAAAGGAUUAUCUCUCAGGAUAAUCUUCACCACGAUGUCGACUACACCCCUUUUGAGGGGAUGCGGGUGAGAAAUUGGCCCCGGUUCACAAUCCUGCGUGGUGAGCUCGUUUGGAACGCAGAUGAAAAUCGUGUCACGGGUGUCAAGGGAUUUGGCAAAUAUCUCAAACGAGAUAAUGGUCGUGUUUUGGUUGGAAAGCUGGGAAGGCAACCGGCAGGUAUGAUCGAAGGGGAACGUGAUCUAUGGCGCCCUAAGACUGUUGGUCAAUAA